AUGCGGAACCGUUUUACGGAGGACGGUUCGCAUUUGGUUCGCCCCGUGCAUCGGUGGGUUCGGGGCCGGGUUCUCCGCGUGCAGGCCCGUUGUCCGGCUCGUUGCCCACGUCGCCCUUUGCGCGACCGCCCUUCCACUCGAGACCCGCCAGUCCCGCGUUCGAAUCCCAUCGCGCCCCGUCGCCAUUGGUCCGGUCCGUGUCGGCCUCCUCUGGGAGCCGCAAACGGUUCCGCGGGCGGCUUCGCCGCCGCGUUCCGCGCGCCUCCGACCGCCUUGAAGACACCUCGUCUUCGGCCCCGCCGCCCGGAGCUCGCGGCCGCUCCUUCUCCGAACUCGUCCCCCCCGCCGGCGGCUUCCACUCCAGAGCGGCCAACCCCGGGUUCGAAACCCAGCGCCCCCAUGCCAACUCCGGCCCGUUUCCCCAAGACUCCUCCUCCAGACGCCGAACCUCCUCCUCAAGACGCUACCUCGAACCCCGACCCCAACUCGACGACCAGACCUCGUCAAGCUCCAACGAUCCAAUACCCCGCAGGCACCACUGUCCACGACGCCGCCCUCCCUCUGACCGAUCGCGAUCAACAUCCCAAUCGCAGUCCCGGUCACAAUCUCGAUCGCAUUCCUUAUCACAAUCUCGAUCGGCUUCACAAUCUCGAUCGGCUUCACAAUCCCGAUCAAGGUCCAGGUCCCGAUCUGGGUCAGGAACCGAGUCAAGAUCUCUCUCGCGAUCCUUAUCUCGAUCCUUAUCUCGAUCCUUAUCUCGAUCAGUAUCUCGAUCAGUAUCUCGAUCGGUAUCUCGAUCAGUAUCUCGAUCAGUAUCUCGAUCAGUAUCUCGAUCUCUGUCGCAUUCUGGACCUUGUCAUUCUGAGUGCCAAUCGCGUUCUCAGUCGUCUUGUGGAUCGUGUGGCGGUGGCGAGUUUGGAUUUGCGUGAUCUGGAUUCGAACGCGGCGCCUCGGUUGGAUUUGCCUGGUGCGGAGCCGUUGCGGGUUCCGACGAACGGCACUAUAAAUUUAACGGAGGACGGGACGGAGCCUCGUGGAGAUAGUUGGUUGGGUGAUUCGCCGCGUGGUCGUUGGCGUUGUAGUACGAACAUGGGGACGGCGGCGCAGCAGUCUUGGAGAUUGCGUCGUUUGCGUGAGUGCGAAGAGCGAUUGUGCAAGAGUGAAUUGCCGACGGCAGGAGUGGCUCCGUCGUCUUACUUCAAGACGAAGAGUACGUUGGAGGAGCAAGUGUUUACCCGGCAGGAGGCGGCUAGACGGGCCUCAUUUUUCUUUCCCGUCGCUGUGGCUGACUUGGUGCCAUUUGAAGACGCGGCUUUAUUACGAGACCUACGUGCAGGUGGUCAUCAAGGUUACCUGUUGGACAUAUAUUUGAAAGGCUUGGCCGUGUGCAAUAGCGUGACGGUAGCUCGGGACUUUCACCGCGCGCGAACGCGGGACCCGACGGCUUACUUCAAGAACAAGCCUUCUGCAAAAAGUUUAGAAGGCGCAGCGAUUGUGCGCGAGGCUUUGGUGCAGGGCCUACGCUACGACUCAGGCAAGGCCACAGAGGUACCCGCAGUCUUGGCAGCCCAGAAGUGUGGUUACCAAUUAUUCUCGAAGUGUAAAAAGUUCGUAACGCUUAAUGUCAACGGGCACUUCCUGAAAUACGACCGCAUCUACAAGUCAGAUGCUUAUUUAAACGGCCGCUCGACCGUGGUCGUGCUGCAACAGAGCGUCCCGGGCGCCCGCAGCGCCCGCGGCGGCGUCAUGUUCUUCAAAUGCGGCUUGCGCGGAAUGCUGCACGCCGUUGCCGCACACAGCAAAGCGGCACACGAACAGUUGAGGGAGACCGACUAUGCCCUGAACCAGUUCGCCAACAAGUUCUUGCUACGAGGCCUCAUGCCGGAAUGUCUCGGCUACCGACUCCUUCGCGAGCGCGAAGUACGGCUGCUCUCACGACGCGUCCUCGCCCUCGCAAACGUCGCCAAUGAAACGAAAACGGAGAUUAUCGAAGGCAUCAAUGCAGAACUAGUGGCAGGCUGUCGCUUCCUCGGGGUCAACGCCUACUACGUCGCACAACAGCCACGGGUACCUCGCACCCUCCAGGCCUUUUCCGACGCCGGCAUCCGCACUUGGGUGGUCAGUGGUGAUGCAGAGGAAGUUACCUUCGCCGCCGCUUGUGCCUGUGGUCUGGUGCGUCCGGAAACACGCAUCUUCCGCGCUAACUUCUCCAGCCGUCGCGCCGCCCUCGCUCAACAUAAAGAGUUCGCACGUCUAGCGCAAGAAAAACCAAGCGGCACGCAACUUGCACUCGUCCUCGCCGGUGAAGAAUUCGCACGCGCCCUUCGCGAAGGCGCCGCCUCCGGCGGCGCCCUCGCCGCCACCGGGUCGAGCGGCUCGCCGCUCGGGCCGAGCGCCGCGACGCUUGGCUCGGACGCACUCAGUUGGGACGCAUUGUUGCCGCACACACGGGUACACGCCGAGAACAUGGAGAUCGUGUUGGUCUCUAUGCUUUGGCGUGCGGACGUGGUGCUAUUGCACUCAUUUAGCGCGCGGCAGAAGGGACAGGUGGCGCAGGUGUUGCGUCGACACCUUCGUCCGUGUCCUGUGAUCCUGGCGGUGGGCGACGGACUGAAUGAUGUGGAGAUGUUGCGAGAGAGCACGUUGGGCGUCUCGGUGGGUGCGGAGCUAGCGCACUGUCCCGAAGACCUUUACUUGACCGGACAUUCGUACACAGGCACGUUCGACUCGCGUGUAUUCGCAGAUCUAGUCGUGCCCGACUUCGCCUCCCUUCGGCCGUUGCUCUUCUACCACGGACAACACGUAGCCUGUGCGACCGCACUCGUGCUGCGCCUCGCGUGUGUGUCAGCUGUCGGACGGCUAGUGUGUGUGAUCCUAGACGCCACACGACAGGGCACGUAUGUGGCGCGGGCGUGCACGGUGUCCGUGCAGCAGUUCUGUUGCGUGGGUCUUUUCGCGAUCGCACUCACGCUUUCGCCGCGCGACUUUUCGAAAGUGACCUACUGCCAUCUGCCCAUCAUCUACGCCAUCUCGCGUCGCUCAAGUGGGCUGCAAUGGCAGGCUGUGCUUGCCGACCUCACUUACGCAUGUCUCGUCGCAAUCGUCGCCUUCUACUCCGCUGUCGCUCUUGUUAACGAACAACUCUCCAUCUCACUCCAACCCGGAAAUGGCGGGAAUGGGGGGCCAGACGCAGCCGUGUUCGCCUCCUUCCCGCGCUACCACUUCAUCGUCGACACCAUCCUGCUCACCGGCGCCAUGGUCUACGGCGUGUUCGUCGCCGGACCCGUCGCGCGUCUGGACCUCUCCGUCUGGCUCCUCCUCGGCGUCUUCGUGCUCCUCACCCUCUUCCUCUGCGACCUACUCAGCACCUUCUCCAGCCUCGCCGUCAACUCCGUGCCACAACAAAAUCCUUUCUUCCUCUGGACCAAGAGCGCCCCCACGCCUCUCGCCAUCCUGGCCACGCUGGCCAUGCACGCCGUCCUCGCGCAACUGCUCCAGUCCAUCCGCCUCAACACCUCCGACUCGCUCCGUGAGUUCCUCAUCCGCGCCGUCUCGCCUGCACGACUCGCACACAAGGCACACGCACACACGCACGGCACGCACGGCGCGAGUCAACCGGCACAUGUUGCGACUCACGGUGCGACACAAGCGACGCACGGUGCGACACAUGCGGCGCACGGCGGUGCACCUAACACACAACCGACGCACGGUGCCCCGCCGACAAACUCAGGCGAGGGCAAGCCUCAGCGACGCGGCUGGACAGACAGGUCGGAGGCGCGGUACGUGGGGCAGUUGCGCCAAAUCCUGAACCCGCUCAAGGUCCCGCGACUGCUAGCCCUUCUCCCGAAGCCGACACGACACGUGAUCGAGUACCAUCAGAGCAAUGGCACCCGGAGCCAGGUGGCGCUGCCAUUCACGCACGCAUUGGACGUGGCGAGUGCUGCGGUGCAUUGGCCCACGGCAGGCCGGUCGCCGCCGACACGACGACGACGGCCGCCGCCGAGUGAUCUGCUGUUUGCGCCAUAUAGUCUCAAGUUGAUCCGGUCAUCGCUGAAGCGCGGGCCGAAGAAGGAGCCGUGGUCGAUUCUGGUGGAGGACGGCAUGUACGAGCAGUUGGUCAAGUCUGCCCAGGGGGAGCAUCUUGAGACGGCGCCAGUAAUUCGUAAAACUAAGGAGGGCAUCGUGACGUCCGUGACGCCGGUUGAAGUCAUUGCCGUGUUCGAUCGUCGUCGGUUGAAGUUCAAGGACCAACAACUGGAGGCCGACUACCAAGUGCACCGUAUGGAACACAUACGCCGGUACCGAGUAAGUUAUCGUCUCAUCUUUCUGGCCAUCUCCGUCAUCUGCAUCGCGACCGUGAUCGAUGAGAUGUUCAUGGUGUCUAGCGACGUAACGACGGGUGGGGCGAUCAUGAUGUUCCUGCCAUACAUUGUGUGUUUAGCACUCUCCGCUGCUUGCUAUCGUGAAUCAACCUUCGUGACCAAAUAUGACACUUUGACGGGGACUUUUGUGAUUGGUCUUCUUUGCGCCCAAGUUUUGAGCGACACAUUCACCAAUCGCGAUGGUUCGCCGAUAGCGGCGGUUUAUGUAAUCAUUCUCUUCAUCUUCUUCCGUCUCCCCUUCAGCCACUCGCUGGUGUACAACUGUGUGCACUUCUUUUCCUUUUGUCUCCGCUACACGUUCACUUCGAAGUUCAUGAAGGAGGCUAGCGACUCAUCCUGGCUCAACAGCUCAAGCUGGCUCGUCAAUUCCAGUCAGGCUGCCACAGACGGUGGUAAGUCCACCGGGUUCCGACUCGCGAGCAGCAUGGAGAACAUCACCGUUGAGCGUCUGAUUACCUACGUCCCGGUCUUAUUGGGCAUCGAGAUUUUUACUGGCUUUGCCGCCUACAGAUUGGAGUACAACCGACGCAAGGCAUACUUCCUUCAGUACCAAGUAGAAAAGGCACGCAAACGGCAGAUCGAGAUUCUUAACAAUAUGCUCCCACCCUUCGUGGUGAGUCACAUGAUCAAAGGCAACCUCAACUGUAACGGCAUCCCCGAGGGCCUUAAAGCUGAAGACCGCGGCACGGUCAGCGUAAUCUUCCUAGACGUUCACGGGUUCCAAUCCAUCGUCGCACAAAUGCAGCCUACCCACCUCGUGCGGGUACUCGACUCGCUUUUCCUCUGCUUCGACAAGUGCGCGGAACGCUUCAGCUGCAUCAAAAUCGAGACAGUCUUCGAGACCUUCCUUGCCGCCAGUGGCAUCGUACUCGACGACGCUGGAGGCGACGGCGAACCGCCGGCGGAGCCGGCGGCGCCGGGCGAAGAGCGGCGUCGGGGCCAUUCGCACACGCGUGCGCGUGCGCGCGCGAUUGAAGACUACGCGCACGCAGCGUUGUGCAUGUGUGUGCUGGCGUUGCAGUCGAGCCGACACAUUACAUACGUGCCCGACGAGGAUAGUCGGCGUUCGCGGCGGCUGCACAUCCGGGUGGGUAUCCACGCUGGGCGUGUGAUCAGUGGAGUGGUGGGCGCAAAAAAGCCGCAGUACGCGUUGUUCGGGGACACCGUGAAUACGGCGAGUCGCAUGAUGAGUACAGGAGUGGCUGAUCACAUCCACGUGUCGGACGCGUUUUACCAGUUGAUCUCGGGAAGUGAGUGGGACCUGGAUUGGCGGAGUCGAGAGAUCGAGGUGAAGGGGAAGGGGCUUAUGAAUACGCAUUUGUUGAGUCGUUCGAGUAUUCCCGAACACUUUUUGGAUGCGACUGGCGCCCGACAUUGCAGUGUUGCGAGGCAUGCAACACCUGCACGCCGGCGCAGUGGUGGAGUCUCACGCGGCGGCGGGCCCGGAGGAGGAGUGUCGCGCAGCGGUGGAGUCUCACGCGGCGUAGAACAAGUAGUGCGUGAAGGAGCGGCUCGCGCCACUGCGACGGAGCCGAGCGUGGCCGCUUUCUCUGAUCGCGGUGAUUGCUAUGUGGGCGCGCAACCUUCGGAAGAGGGUCAGCGGUGCUUCGAAGACGGGCCGCGGCGAGUUGUGGAGGCUGCUGGCGACCAUGAACUACUUUUCUACCAGUCCAUUCACCUAGUUUCGCUAAAGUUUAAACGCGGUACGUUGGAGAAGGAAUACCUGCAGUUUUAUUACAACAACGACAACAAUAUCAACAACGUCGAACAGGCCCUCGUGAUCUUCCUCGCUGCCUACAUUGCCCAGACGCUUGUGUUCAUCGUUAUUCCCCGUUAUGACGACAGCUCUAGCUCGCAACAAAAGAAUAUAACUUGGACUGUGCGCACCACUCUCACCGCCUGCAUCUUCGUCCUCUGGCUACUCAUUCACCAACGCACCACUGUGAGUAAUUGGAUGCGUCCCUCUCGUCGUGCGCGCGGCCGCGCCGGUGCCACGGACGCACGUGUGUGCGCCGGAGUGGGAGGCGCUGUCGACAUCCGGUGGCUCAUCUUUCUCACGAACAUGGUCUGUCUGUCCGCCAGCUUCGCCGUACUGCUUGAGUCGGCUUGGAGUCUCGACUUUCCGGAAGGAGUAUCGCCGGUCUGGCUGCACCUGGACACGCUGCAGCUCUUCUUCUUUACGACCAUAACGCACCAGAACUCAGGGCUAUUGGUGCAGCACUUGUUGUUAAUCGAUGCGUUCGUUAACCUUUUGGUUUUGGCCUUCAUCAUCGUGGUGUGUCAGGGCAGCAACGUCACGUACGAGACGAUUUUCAUGAUUCCCAUUUUCACGGUCGCGAACUUGGUGAGUGUGUACUUCAAGGAGUAUGUGGAUCGGCAUUCGUACGUGGUCAAUGAGACCAUGAAGGCGGCUCAGGCGCGUGGUCUACAGCUGUUAAGAGAUACGUUGCCAAGACAGGUUUAUGACGAACUCAGCUCGGAGCGUCUGCGGCUGGCGUACAUGCAUUCGCGAAUCACGUUUAUUUUCGCGGACAUCUGCGGAUUCACGACCUGGGCGGACACAGUAGACGCAGGCGAGGUGGUGACCGUGCUGCAGUCGCUGUUCGCAAAGUUUGACCGCGACAGUUCGCGUUUCGGCGUCUUCAAAGUUUGCACCAUCGGCGACGCAUACGUAGCCAUCUCGCAACCCGUCAUCGACGCAGAAGCCUCCACCGCAUCCACCGCUGACCCCGCAGACGGCGCAGAACGCAUCAUAGCACUUGGUCAAUGCAUGGUGAAGGAUAUCAUCUUUGUACGUGACAAGCUCCAAAUACCAAAACUUGACAUGCGCAUCGGCCUACACUUUGGAAAAUGCGUGGGAGGUGUGAUAGGAUCCGGACGCAUCCGCUACGACAUCUGGGGGCUUGACGUACUCGCCGGCAAUCUCAUGGAGUCAAACGGCGUACCCGGCAAACUAUGCGCCAGUCAAGAACUCGUCGACUUUCUGGACCUAGUCUUUCCUGGACGCUACCAAUUCCUCUACCAUAAACGAGUCAAAAUUGCACCCAAGAACUUCACUAAUGCCUUCCUACUCGUUCACGAACAAGAAGUCAAAAAACGGUCAAGCACUAGGACCUGA